CGAUUUUUCGAACAAUGUCAACUUUUUGCAUUUUAUUAAAUUUGAAUUUUCGACACUAAUAUGCUUCAAUAUUUUCGAAAAAUAAAACAAAAUUCUCAUUUCUCAUAACAUUGACAUUGAAAUCAAAAAUACAUGCGCUUAAAAAUUAAAAUCAAAAUUGUGUAAAUCGAGAGAUAGAUGUAGUAAAACAAACAAACAUGCUGGCAACCCACAAGUUAUUUUGUUUUUACACGUGAAUUCAGAAGGUGGGAGGAUUUGCAAGCAGAAAGAAUAUAAGAAUGCAGGAAAUUGAUCUAGGAUUCGCCGAAGAAUGUGAAAGUGAAUGGUUGACCAAUGCUCACUUUCCAAGUAAACUGGGAGGUAAGCCGGCAUGGCUUCAUUUGGGAGAUUUACCAUCAACAGAAGCUUUAAAAUGCAGUAAGUGCAACAAUCAAAAGAGCUUCUUGUGUCAGAUUUAUGCUCCCUUCGAUGAUGAUUACAAUUUCCAUCGUAUGGUGUAUGUUUUCGUCUGUCGGACAGAAUCUUGUUUUACUGCCAAUGAUAAUAGCAAUAUUACAGUUUUACGGAGUCAGUUGCCUUUGCGCAAUGAGUUUUACCCCGAUGUACCACCUCCGGAGGAAGGCGAGGCUGCGCCUGAAGUUCUUCCCCCCAAUACGAAGCUGUGUUUGGCAUGUGGCUGUGUGGGUCCCUUAAAAUGCGGUCGUUGUAAAAAAGCCAACUAUUGUGGAGCCCCACAUCAAAGAUUACACUGGAAAAUUCACAAAUUGACAUGUACAACCGAAGACUCUGUUUCAGCUAAAGCUCAACACCAGCCUAUUCCAGAAAUUUUGUUUCCAGAAUGGGAAAUUGAUAUAAAUACUGAUGAAGAUGUCAACAAUGACACAACAAAAGAUUUAAAAUCAGAUAUAGACGAAGAACAGGAACUGAAAAAGUUGGAGCAAUUAACAGCUUCAGGUAAAGCAGGAGAGUUCCAAAAUUUACCCGAAUCGGAGUUGGAAAAAUACACAAAAGGCAGUGAGGAAAUAGAUGACAAAUAUUUUCGAAAAUUUCGCAAGGAAUGCGAUAAAGACCCUAUGCAAAUUAUACGUUACAAGCGCAACGGUCAAGUAUUAUGGAUAGCGGACACAGAAACUACUAUAAAAGAACAAUUGUACAAUAUUCCCAAGUGUGGUUUAUGUGGUGCUGAACGGGUAUUUGAAUUUCAAAUUAUGCCACAAAUGUUGAAUUAUUUAAAAGAUUCCAAUGUUGACUGGGGUGUUAUAGCUGUCUAUACCUGUCCUAAAAGUUGUCCCUUACCAAAAGACAAAGGAUAUGUAGAGGAAUUUUGUCUUAAACAGGAUAUAGUAAAUAGCCAAUGACGAUAUUGUUUCCCUUAAAUGUGUUUUUAUUAUAAAUCAAUAAAAAUGUUUAUAAUACAAAUUUGUUUUGC